CUUUUCAUUAGCAGACAAAAACCAGUCAAGUAGAAAAGUAGGACAGUGUGUGCACAUGGCGGCAAUAACCUCUGUCACUCACUCCCUCACAUAAACAGUUGUAUUUAUUUGUUUGGUCUCUCAAACCACGUUGUCCUUCUUGGAUUCUCUCAGCUACUCCCUCAAAUUUCUCACUGUGACUCAGUUUCCAUCUCUUCAACUUCACUAGUUCAGUGAUCUCUUCUUCACAAUUGCGUUCUCUGAAUUCAAAUCCAAUGGGUGGAGAAAACGCAUUGAAAUCCAGAGAGGUAUCAGCGAUGAUAAAACAAGGUUUCAUAGCAGAUUCAACCUUCUCUUACUCACCUUCUAGAACCUUCUCUUCUCCUCCUCCUUCCUCAACUCGCCCGAGUCAGACUCAGUCUCAGACCCAAACCCCAUCUCUGUCUCAGGCUCAGACCCUUUUUGACAUGAUGUCGGAGGAGCAAACCCGCGACUCCAAAUUCUCCUCCGACGACCGGCGCCGGAAAAUGCAAGAUCGGGUGUGGAAGCUUCUGGAGGAUGCGCCGUUUGGCGGCGGCGGUGGUGACGUGAUGCUUACGGUGGUUUCCAAGGACGGGUUCAGGGUCUCGAUGGAGGUGUACAAGAGUGUGCUCGCUAGCAAGAGCCGCUUCUUCGCCGAGAAGCUUCGCUGCGGCACCGGUCUGUCGCACUCGGUGGAGAUCAGUGACUGUGACGAUGUGGAAGUGUACGUGGAAGCUGUCGUUUUGAUGCACUGUGAGGAUCUCAAGAAGAGGUUGAGGAUGAUGGGUGAAGGGGUUUCUAAAGUUUUGAGCUUGCUCAAGGUUUCAGCUGCUAUCAUGUUUGAUCUUGGGGUUGUGUCAUGCCUAGAAUAUUUGGAAACUCUUCCUUGGACUGAGGAUGAACAGGAGGAAGUUAUAUCUCAGCUAGGUCACUUGCAGCUAGAUGACUCUGCAUCUGAAGUUCUUCUUAGAGUUUCAUCCGAUCCAUCUAUGUCUUCUAGAGCUGAUGACAUCUUCAUGAGCUUGCUGAGUGGUGUUCUAGAAGCAAAAGAUGACAAAGCUCGUAGGGAAAUGAAAGCUCUGCUAUCUAAAUUGCUUAAAGAGAAUGCAUCUGAUGAUAAUAGCUGCAGACUUGAUGUUUCCAAGGACACACUUUAUCAUCUUUGCCACAGGUGCAUCAAGUCUCUUAUCCGGUGCCUGUCCGAAGCAAUCGGCCAGGAUGAUAGGCCGGAUCGAGGGGUUUUGAUGAGUGAAAUAACUCGGGAAGCUGACAAUAUUCAGUGGAUUGUUGACAUUUUGAUAAGCAGAAAGAUAGGUGAUGAAUUUGUGAAAAUAUGGGCAGAGCAGAAAGAACUUGCUGCACUUCAUUCCAAAGUUCCGAUAAUUUAUCGCCAUGAGAUCAGUAGAAUCACAGCACAACUAUGCAUCGGCAUAGGAAGGGGACACAUACUGGUGCCGAAAGAAAUUCGAUUUUCAUUGUUGUCAACAUGGCUUGAUGCUCUAUAUGAAGAUUUUGGAUGGAUGAGGAGAGCUUCUAGAUCUGUUGACAAGAAAAUGGUUGAGGAUGGACUGAGUCAAACUAUACUGACUCUGCCUUUACUCCAACAGCAAGCUGUGUUGCUCAAUUGGUUUGAUAGAUUUCUUAAUAAAGGAGAUGAUUGUCCGAAUAUUCGGAAGGCAUUUGAAAUUUGGUGGAGAAGAGCCUUCAUCAGACAGUACUCAGCUGAGCCUGAUAAUUCCCAGUUACAAAUAACUCUAUUUGAUUACCCUCAAUGAAAAGUUCCAAGGGACCUUUAAAGAAAAGAAAGGUAAAUAUUUUCACAUUUGUAAAUAAGAAAUGACAAUUUGCAUUCCCUUCUUCUGCUUUUGCCUGCCAUAUUCAAAUCAGAUUUUUCAUUUU